AUGUGGCGGUCAUUAUUCAAGAGAGACAAAUGCGUCAACCCGAACCCGGACGUCGAUGUGUGCGAGAAAUACGUGAGCCCGUUUCUGACGACGGGGGUGCCCUUGAUCAUCGGUCUAUGCCUCUUCGCCGUCCUCGGCGUCAUCCUCUUCAUCGUCGUCCGUCGCAAACGCCGCCUUCAACACGCCCAAGAGGCCGAAAAGAACCGCGAGAUCGACGACGACAACGGCGACUUGGAGCUGGUCGAGAACACCUACCCGAGGGAUCAAGCUUAUAAACAUUUUGAGGCGCAGGACUCUGGAACAACAACGACGACGGGACAGGCACUGAGACCGCAAACGGAGAAUCCCUUCGAGGCUGACGUCGAGAGAGGACGGAGUCGAGACGUGUCGCCCGUGGGACGGUAA